AUGAAUAAUCAACAAGCAACAUAUACCAGAAGAAUUCAAAAUAUUCAAUCACAUAUUGUAAAUAGUAAUAAUAAUAGUAAUAAUAGUAAUAAUAAUAAUAAUAUUAAUUUUAAUAAUAAAAAUAAUAAUAAUAAUGAAGUAUUAUAUGAUUGUAUUGUAAUUGGUGGUGGUAUCACAGGAUCAUCAGCAUGUUAUCAAAUGGCAAAAGAUGGAUUAAAGGUAUUAAUGUUAGAACAAUUUAAAGAAGCACAUGAUAAAGGAUCAUCACAUGGCGAUGGUAGAAUUAUAAGAUUUUCAUAUCCAGAGGAUACCUAUAUUAGAUUAGCUAAAUUGGUUUAUCCAGAAUGGUCAGAGAUUGAAAGAUUAUCAAAUACCAAAUUAAUUCAUAUCACUGGUGGCUUGGAUUUCGGUCACCAAAAUGCAGAACCAUUAAAAGAUUUAAUCGAAUCCUAUAAAAGAAAUAAUAUCGACUACCAAAUUCUCUCAAAAAAAGAGGCAGAAUCAAAAUUCCCACAAUUUAAAUUCAGAGACAAUGAUUUAAUCGUAUUUCAAAAAGAUAGUGGUGUUGCAUACGCAAGUAAAUCAAUUAAAACCAUUUGGUCGCUAUGCAAAAGAUUUGGUGGUCAAAUUUUAGAUAAUAAAAAGGUGUCUCGUAUUAAAGUUGAAUCAGAGUCACUCAUAACUGUAUUAUGUGAAGAUCAAUCAGUUUAUAAAACUAAAAAAAUAGUUUUAGCAUGUGGUGGUUGGAUUAAUGAUUUAAUUCAUAAUUCACAAUUAAACAUUACAUUACCUUUAGAAAUCUCUCAAGAAACUGUAUUUUACUGGGAACCAAAAUUAAAUAAUACAAUUGAUUAUACUCAAUUUAAUAACCCUGUUUCAAUCUUUUAUGAUAAUAAUUCUGAUGUUUAUUAUUCUUUACCUCAAAUUGAUGUUAAAGGGGUUAAAAUUGGAUAUCAUCAUAGUGGUAAUGUUUUGGAAAAUAUGGAAAGUAAAAAAUUACCAUUUAAAAAAGAAAAUUAUGAUAAAGUUAAAGGAUAUGUUGGUGAAUAUAUGCCAGGUUUAAAUAAUGAUAAAGAGGGUCAUAGCGUUGUUUGCCAUUACACAAAUACAUCAGAUUGGCAUUUUAUUAUUGAUAAACAUCCAAGAUUUACAAAUGUUGUUAUUGCAUCACCUUGUUCCGGUCAUGGUUUUAAGUUUGGUCCUGCCAUUGGAAAAUUAAUUUCAAAUUUAGUUCAAAAUAAACCAAAUCCAAUUGAUACAAAUGAUGAAUUUUUAUUAAAAAGAUUCAAUUCCAAAACUUUCCCAAAAAGAAUAUCUGCAUAA